AGUGUAAACAAAGAAAUAUCGCAGUGAGUUGCAGCAUCAAGAGGCUGUUGUGCAAAAAAAGUGAAAAACAUCUUCCUCGAUAAGAAAUCGUGUCUCUGUGUGAAGUUCGAGUGCGCAUACAAGUCACGAUGACCUCGACCAACGACGCAUCAGUCGAGCUCGUGCAAGAAGCGGAUAACGACUCGUCGCUACACUCGACCCUGGACAGCGGCGACAAAGAAAAGGUCGAGUCGCUUCUGAGAAACGGCGCAGACCCGAACAUAACCAACGAACAGGGAUUGACUCCUCUGCACGUAAUUUGCAAUAAUCUCGGCGAGGAUGACGUCGACUUGAUGGAUCUGUUCUUUCGAAUCAACGAAGAAUUGAAUCGGCCGGUGCAGCUCGACGCGCAGAACAAAGAGGGUAACUCGGCACUACACUUGGCUGUGAUUCGAGGCAACAAAAAGGCAAUCGAAUUACUGCUGAGACGAGGCGCUCGUUCGAAUCUUGCCAAUGCAGAGGGUUUGACUCCUCUGCUAUUAAUUUGCAAGAUUUACCACGAUGCCGACGACGACGAGGACGACGAGGAAAACGACGACGAUAACGAAAGCUUGGCGGAGAUGUUCUUCAGGAUCAACGAAGAAAAACAUCAGCUUGUGCAGGUGAACGUCCAAGACAACCAGGGCAACACACCUUUGAUCUUGGCUAUGGAUAGAGGCGACGAAAACUUGAUGGAAUUGCUGCUGAGACGAGGCGCAGAUCCAAAUACGACCGACAAAGAAGGUUCGAGUCCUCUGCACGUCAUUUGCAACCGAGCCGAUUACGGCGAAGACGACGACGUCGGCUUGAUCAAGUCGUUCUUCAAGAUCAACCAAGAAUUGAAUCGAUCGGUGCUGGUCGACGUCCGGGACGAGCAAGGCAGAACCCCGUUGCACUUGGCCCUGUGGUGGGGCCUCAAGAGGAUCGCCAAAUUUCUGCUGAGACGAGGGGCGGAUCCGAACUCCGUCGACGAGAAGGGAUCGACGCCCCUGCACAACAUCUGCGAUUCGAGCAACACGGACCUGCUGAGGAUGUUCUUCAGGAUAAACGACGAAUUGAAUCAACGGGUGGAAAUCAACGUUCGGGAUAACAAGUCGGGCAACACACCGCUGCACGAGGCUCUGGAAUGGGGCGGCAAGGAGAAUCCCAGAAUGCUGCUGGAAAGGGGCGCCGACAUAAACUUGACCAACGACCAGGGCUGGUCCGCUCUGCACGUAGUUUGCAUGAGAUCGGAGGGCGACGACGAUCAAGUACCGCAGAUGUUUUUCGAGAUGACCGAAGGCCUGCAACAAUCCGUUCGAGUCAAUGCUCAGGACAACGAGGGUAACACGCCGUUGAACUUUGCUUUGCAACGCUACGAUAAGAAGACCGCCGAAUUGAUGCUGAGACGAGGAGCCGACCCGAAUUUGGUCAACGCCGAAGGAUCGACGGCUCUGCACGUAAUUUGCAGGUAUUACAGGCACGCCGAUGUCCUGACGAAGAUGUUGCUCGAGAUCUGCGACGAAUUGAAUCGACCGGUGCAGCUCGAUGCCCUGGACAAAUCGGGCCGGACACCUCUUCAGUGGGCCGUGUUGAACAUCUCGGCCGAUGCAGUAGAUGUACUCCUGGAUCACGGCGCCGACCUUUCCAAAUUCGUUUUCCCCACCGCGGACGAAUUCUGCGAGGUACUCAAGGAGCGACACCACAAACACUGGCUCAUUUCCGAUCUGGAGCUGCUGACCAACACUCUGGAAGUCGUGGAACGCCUCGCGGACCGAGGAUACGUGCUGGAACGAAGCGACGCACUGACGAUCAUGGACGUGUUGAAAGAGCGCGGAUUGCUCAAGAAGUCGGCGGGUUUCGAGGGGCGCUGGUGCGAGGAGGACGAGUUCGUGAAAAAGGGCAACUACGUGAUGAUGAACAUCGCGGGUCUGUCGUUCUACGACUCGACGAGGUGCGUUUACGAGAAAUUGGCGAGAACGUUUUGCCAGCCGUGGGCGCUGGAAUCUUUCAUGAAGCUGACGGGAUGUCGACUGCCGAUUUUGUGCUGCGAGAUGAUCGUCGAUUACGUGAAUAACGAAGAUUUACGGAACAUUUGCUUGGCGGACACAGAUUAGAGCUCGUGAUGGUUCGUUGACUUUUGUAAAACAUUACUUCAGAUAAGUGAUAUUUUUCAUUAAUACAAAAAAUUACAAUUAUGUAAUCUUAUUAUAACGAUUUAUGUUUUAUUAAAUUUAUGGGUGACGCUGUCAUAGCCCUUUAAAAUAAUUUUUGUUUUAGAUUAAGAGUUACAAUUACAAUAAAUAUAAUAAU